AUUGUAUGAGGCAUGGACCGUGCGCGGAAGGCGCAGCCUCAUGCCAAUGAAGCGGUCUGGGCUCGCGAGGUGUCAAGGCAGCUCGAAGGCCAUGUAGCCCGCAUCAAUCAUGCGCAGCCUUCCAUCGACACGUCCGUUCCAAAAACCGCCACACAUGCCCCGACGGCAUCCAAGAAAUACCAGCUCCGUGAAGAACGGUUGGAUGCAAUCGAGAUCGAAAACAGGCGGCUCUUGGAUCGCAUCGCGUCCAUUGCGCUGUCGACGUCCAAGGACAGUGUCGAUGCCCACCCUCCACCCACCGUCAAGAAGAGCCUCCACGAAGGCCAACGCAAACGAGAGCAACAAAAGAUUUGGCACGAAAACCAAGCACUUCUCAAGCGAUUGCAGUCGGCCAAAUCGACCAUGAAACGUGUAGGCGAUGCCAAGACUGCGAAAUGGAAAAUGAAGUUUGUCAAGAGCAACGAGCACAAACUGAGCGCCCAAGACAACCUCGACCUUGAAAGCGCACACUGUGCUGACCACGCACCCAAGACCACCAAUCCUCGACACAAGAAAGGAAAACCAUCCAACAAAGUGUUUAUCGACCACAAGAAUACCCAACCACACCUCAUCCGUUCCGUCAAAUUGCCCCAACUUCACAGCAGCAACGACCACACGGAUAACAACACAGCCAACAUGCCGAUAUCGAGUCGUCAGCAACUCCCCGAAUCGCAUUGCCAUACCGGUGACGACGUCAAUCACGCCCGCAUCGCCGACGAGAAAUUCGCACUUCCAUCGCUUGUCCCGGCGACGCCACCGCAAGAUAUGCCAACAAAAUCAGCACGUGCCACGUGGACUCCACUCUGUCCCAUGCCUUCGUCGCGUCCUCCAACCGCAACAUACAGUGGUGUUGACGAGUGCGACCUUCCUUUGCCCUUGAUAUCCCCCGACCAAAAGGAAGACUGGAUUGAGAUCAUUGCUACGUCUGCUACGAUGGGCUUCAGUCGGGAAAACACGUCUCUCGACUGCACCCUGCGACGGCCUACCGUCGAAUCGCCGCAACCAGCGGCGCCCGAGACAGCACCCUCGCCAAUUCCUCGACACGACCACGACGUUGAUCAAGGUUGUAGAGAAAUCGCGCAGGUACAACCCCUCGAGACGGAAAAUGUCGACCGUGAGGGUACAACGGAAGCGCUUCUACACGAGGCAGUGGACCACCCACAUGACAUUCCUGCAGGCGGCCACGUAUUCAUCCAUGACCGUCCAAUCAAACGUACUAGCACGCCAUGCAGUGGCACAAAAUCAUCGAAUGAGUCAGUUGGUGCCGCUGCUGUACCGACACCUCGAGUUGAAUUGGACAACGCUGGCAAUCCAGAUGCGCCGUCUUGUCGAGCCAUCGACGACCAGCAAGGGAAUUCAGGUGGCCGCAAAGAGAGACGCACUGAAACGGGAUUUUUGAAGCAGAGCGACUCGUUGACUGCUGGCGUGGUCGAAAGCCCCGGCAACGACAUGCAAGAGUUUUUUCCUCGAGCGGUCGCUUCCCCUGGGGAAUACGUCGCGAUUGACCAAAGCAGUGCUGACCCGACCUCACGAAUGUCACAAUUUCGGGAUACCCAAGUGCCGGCUCCAGACGAUGGCGACCAGUACGCGGAUGAAUUCGAACCUGGCACAGGAACGUCACUGGAAAGUGGGGGUUGUCCCGAUGAAGGCGUCCAGUCGGUUGAAUCGAACGACCAUGGCGAGGAUGUCCACUCGACUGCGGUGUUACUCGUAAAGUGUGCCACAAACCAAGCGUGCAAAAAGUCCAUAGAAGCAUCGACACCACCGUGUCUUGAUGAAUUGGAUGCCCUUACUCUGACAUCGCCGACGGUGGACCUUUCAACUUGCAUCGACGAAGGCGACCCCGAGUUGCCAACUAUCAAACAUGUCCAUGCGGUGGCAUCUACCGAUUUGGGACCAAAUGAAGAUGCGUACAACAAUGAAGUUGACGAUGGCGCCACUGCUGACGGCAGUGCUGUGGCAACAUUCAAGAUCAGUGUGUCCGUCGAUGGCGUGGAAGGAAGCGUUGCAGCGCAGGUGGACCACAGCACAAUGCAUGAUUCACUCCACGAAAUCGCAGUGUCGCUUGCUUGUGGAGAUGCGGACGACGCGACCGAGAAAGCCAAGUUGCAUCCUUCGAAUUCUCAAUCGGGUCAGUCGAACGACGAAACUCCAGCUCGGACGACACUGAACGUGUCGAAUGCCAACCCAUCCAUGGAUACACAUGCCAUUCUGUCGGAGGACGCCCCUCGUCAACGCGUCACGGCCGAUGGUACAAGUGCCAUGCCAAGCUCCGACCUCUCCACACGAGUCCCUGGGAACUUUUCCAGUCAAGGCGAGUUCAACGGGAGUGCGCCACCUGAACGCGUCAGCAACUCGAUGGACGUAAGCCGUCAGCAAGCCAACAACGACACCGAAAGCAACCUUUUCAAGGGACUUGAACACGGCACGUCGAAUUCAUACGACGACUGCACAACGUCCAAGGAAAAUACACCACGUGCCGGCGAAAACGAAGAUGCACCGAGAAACAAGAGCUUGCCACCGCCCCGUUUGAUGGAUCCAUCUCGUGGCCUGAUCGUAAACGGAGAUCCUCGAUUUGUCACAUCAUACGAGGACGCACCACCCACGACGGACCACUAUUUUGCCGCCGACGCAUUCGAAACAGAAUCGCCAACUCGAACGUCCCCACGGCCCCCAUCGCGUCGUUUUCACGACGAAGCCGAUCACGACUAUCACGACGAAUUCGAUGAUGAGGUUGACCCAAGCAAUGAACCAUCUUCCAACCACGACGCCACAAGUGCGACGACAAUAGCGCCAAGCUCGCCCAAGCACGACUACUAUGACGACGACGACUUUGACAACAACUAGCGCAUACCCCACUUUCGUAAUUUAAACGCGACGACGCAAGUGUAGACAUCUUCUGCGAUCGACGCACGUGCAUACCAUGGC